AUGCCGACAAUGUACGAGAUGGUGAAAAACUGGAUCCAGGGGGAGCCGGUGCCGCCCCAGGUCAUCGCCGGCCUCAACAAGCAGAUCGAGGCCAACAAGGUGAUUGUCUACUCCAAGACCCACUGCCCUUAUUGCAAAUCCACCAAAGAAACGCUCCGCAAGCUCGGGGCUCCAUUUGAAGUGGUGGAGCUUGAUCGUGUCAAGGAUGGGCGUACCCUCCAGCGCGGGCUCACCGAGAUCACGGGACAAAAGACGGUGCCGAAUAUUUUCAUCAACGGCAAGCACAUCGGCGGCAACAGCGAUCUCCAGAAGUUGGCCAAGGGGAAACAGCUCCAGCAGAUGUUGGCCUAG